GAGUCGGGUCCCGGUCUCUUCACCCAUGAACCCCAACGAUUUUGUUGUCAUUCCAGGCAACAAGUCUGGCAGCUCCGUUAAGUUGAAAGCAAGAAAUCUUCGGGAGCUCAAAUUGGAAACUGUGCAGCUAGAGCUUGACAGUGGUGUGAUGGAAGAGAGAUUGCAGCAGCUUCGACAGGUCAUGAGCAGAGAAAAGAAAGAAAGAGAGCGAUCAGGAGGACAGCACUGGAAAUCUGGUCAAGCGGGGAGCUUAAUGAAUCAUCCGCAGGUGGUGCUGAGAAACAAUGAACAUGUUAGUCAGAAGAUAACUCCUGGAAAGACAAAGAUAAGGAUGUUGAAGGACACGGCUGAAGAGCGUCCGAAACGGGUAGUUACCAGUAUACCAGUUUAUGCAACUGAAAAGCCAAACAACAAAGGGAAAACCUGUGGACAGUGCGAGACAAGACGUCCUGCAAUGGUUUGUGUCGAGUGUGGGGAGGAUUAUUGCUCCAGCUGCUUUGCUAAAUUCCAUCAAAAGGGGGCACUGAAGCUUCACAGAUACAUGCCUUUCAAGCCCGAGGAGCGAACAGCAGACAUGCCGUCAGAUUUUGUCAACCAAUUUAAAAAACAAAUUGAUUCUGACGGCUCAGCUGUGAAAAAUGUGCAAGUUGUUAAGAAGCGACUGCCAGGAAACAAGUCUCCAUCUCAGAUGGUCACAAAAAGAAAUGCUGAGACUGUUAUCCUGGAAAAUGAGGCUGAUGCACCUGUCAAAUGUGGGCAAAGCACCGACACAGAUAAUGCAGAUUGUGGGUUAUUAUUAAAUGGUUGCUUUGAUGAGGAACAGUCAUCAGAAUCUUUUCAAGAGGUAUUAAACGAAUGGAGACAGGGAAGACCUGAUGAAGAACCAAAGCCCAUUGAAACAUAUUCAGUUGCCACAGAAAUGUCAGAACUUCAGGACGACCGUGUGAAAAAAACAAUUGAGAUUCACUUUAAAGAACAUAGCUUGAGCUACUUGGACAAACUGUUGCUCAAGAAGCACAGAAGAUCUCCAGAUUCUCUACUGUCUCGCUACAAGAAUAGCCAACCAUCACUUUCCUCCACAACUCGCUCAUCUCCAGGUGGCAAGAUUGAGUACAGCGAUGAUGACGAAGAUCUUAUUUUAACAGCUGAACAGAUAGAAGAACAUGAAAAUUUUGCUGCUCUUUUUAAAGUGGUUGAACCCUCUAAAGAGGUAGAGAAAGUGCCGUCAUGCCUCAGCAUUGUGGAAUUAAACGAGCCGAUCAGUGGAGCAAUGGAAGAGACUUGUAACUACUUGGUUGACGAGCCGGAUUUCAGUGAUUCAGAAAAUAAAGAAAGAACCAAUGCAACUUUACCUGACCUUCAGACCCCAUCCCAGCAUCAGGAUUGUACUGAGGCUUUAUCUGAGACAUCAAGAAACUCUGUUACUUCACCGGUUCAGGCUUCAAAGGAAACAAAUUUGUCACCUCUUACGUCCACCUAUACUUUAAGAAGAGAAACUUUACUUUCAUCCCUUCACAAUACAGAUGAAGAUUUAAUUGAAAAGUGGCACCGUCCUAGAGAUUCUUCAGUAGCAGACGGGAUAGGUACAGUUUCACAAUACAGGACAUCUGAGCUUGAGCAUGGAGUAGUAGAAGAGGAUCCUGGAGCAGGUGGUUCUCCCAAGGUAGAGCAAUCAGUGAACCUGAUCUCUGAGCAGACACAAUCUCUCACUGUCAGGCCACCAUCACAAAGGACUUCUUCACCUUUUCCACACGACGUUCUCAACGAUCCUGUUUCUACAUUGGAAACCUCUGAGGCAUCCAUCAGUUUACAGGACAGUUUAGAAGAUGACGACAUUGGCCUCUCCACAAAGCCAUCUAACGGGUUGCAUCAGAUUGCCCAGCGUCAGGGUGCUAUCACUAGCCAGUUCCUUGGCCUCCAAGGGUUCUUCACUUUGCAGUUGGAUCCUGAUCAGAUCGUCUCGGAAUCUUUUCCAAAAUCGACCUUCAAACAUCGAACAGAAACCACUCUGAAACUAAUGGAAGGAAAUGGAAAGUGGCAACCACACAGCAGCUUAAGUGAAUACGCUGAUGAUUCCAUUGUUAAUGAUGUAAUUAGUGAUGUUCAAAGUAGGCCUUCAAGCAGCCUUGGAGGGCAAUUUACAUCUGGAAAAACUGCACCAUUGCUGUUAGCGUCAAAAUCAUCAAUUGGAACCGUGUCAGGCUGUGGGAUAAUCAGAACAGCAUCGACGAUGGAUUCAUUCUUUUCCGCAUCUCAAACUGGGGUGAAAGCUCUGAAAUCCUGGCCAAAUUCCGCUGUUGCACGCCCACUGUCCAGGGCCUCGAUGGAAAUUUCUGAAAUUGAAUACAUCGAUCAGCAGGAGACCCAUUUUGAAAUGGAUGCUGAUGAACAAACCUUAAUUGACUUGGAGCAAGAGUUGGAGACUUAUAAAGCUCGCGAAAGGAAAGUGUAUGACCUGAAUACUGCUGAUGAGUUGCCAGUAUCCAACGGGCAAGCAAUCAGGACACUUGAAAAGAGCCUUCCGCUUCAGCAAAGACCACAUUGGCCAACAGGAUAUAUCCAGGAACCCUCAAGGAAUAAGGAUUGCUCCCAGUUUAUACUCCAGUCCCUCAGCAGAUGGACUGUUGAAGGUCAGACAGAUAAUGAGGAAGAGGAAGCUGACGAGAGAAACAAUGUUCUGAAGUUAUCCUGACCAGACUGAAUUGGUAAUUGAUUUGUAAUUCAAACAAGUACAUUCACCAGCUGAGCAGAUUCUUGAUCUGAUAUUAGUUAUUCAGCAACUGAAUUUUACAGACCGUGUUACACUGUCAAAUAAAAAACAUUUAAAAUUAAAAGAUAAUUUGAUUUCUUCGCUUCAAUGUGAUUCGAUCAUGUGUAAACUGCCCUUGAACCAUAAUAAAAUGCUGGUGUUUAAGAAUGUUUAGUAAAGUUGCACUUUUGGGAGAAUAUGUAAAACAGAUUUUUAAAUAAGAGCAUUGUUUGGGAGCUUAUCGGAGGGCAAAAAAGCAUCGAUAUCUGAAAUCAAGAAGCAUUGAUUUAUUGGAGCUGUUAUUUCAAGACAUUUACCAGCGUGUGAAUUCCUUCUUGUCUUUUUAAGAUUUCUGCUUUUUUCAAAUUCUUUUUUUGUACUGCAAUCUUAUUUAAUCUUUACAAAUACUUCUCAUUUAUUUUCUAGCGCAGUCUGGAUGUUCUAAUGCUUCUUAAUGCUGAAGCUCUAAUCCUGAUCACGUUUGAAAUUCACGUGUUCCUGAUCCAUGUUUAACUUUGUCCUUCAAUAACCACUCUUUUAGUAGCUGAUUACCCCUUUCUAUUUGCCGUUUUUUUUCUUUAAAUUGUUGCUUGUGUUGUACAGCUGUAGUGCUGCUCCAUAAUUAUACUACUACUGUAUGGUUUAAUGCUGCUUUUAUGGUCGAAUCGGUGUUUCGACCUUCUUUGGCAUCAAUCCACCAUCAAGAUUACAGUAUAAAACUGAUGCAGCUGAAAUCUCUGCCUGGGACUCCAUCCUGGUGUCCCUUCACCCCUCGACCCCUCCUUUGCCUCCAUGAAGACCGUUCUCUUUGAAUGUGGCUUCGGUUAUCUUGAUUCUCUUGAUGAUUCCAACCCCCAGCUCAGGUGCAAACUCUUGACUGCCCUGCA